AUGGCUUCUCCAGCUCUGAUUCCGGCGCUUCCUCCGACGCUUCCCGAACCAGGUGGAGAGUUACCAGUCGAUUCAGCCGAUGAGUUCAGCGAAUCCAACGACUGCGACGAUUUCCACGACAACGACGACUGGGAUGGUCAGCCAUGGGAGGUAGUGUUUCCAUCGGACUCUCCCCUACUGACAACAAGCUAUGAGUCUUUUGAUCGACUCCUUGAUGUCUUGAAAGCGUUCUGCAUUCAGAAUCGGAUGGGCAUCGUUACUAUACGAAGUCAGAAGGAUAAGGCGAAGAAGCGAACGAUAAAAUAUGAACUUGCAUGUGACAAGAGUCGGCAUUUCAACCCAAAGGCAUCCGUGGCCAAAAUUCGCAAUACGAAUACAGCAAAGAUAGCCGCCAACUGUCCAUUCAAAGUCAUCGUUCAAUCCCUCCAGGCCAACAAUUACGAGUGGUCCAUGAGAAUUGUGAGCUCUCUUCAUCGAGACCACGGCCCAUCGCAAAGUCUUUCGGAGCACUACCAUUGGAGAAAGUUAACGGCGGAACAAAUGAAACUAUUGGAAGAUCUUUGUCUGGACACUACGAUUUCUUCUCGAUCCGUUCAUAAGCAGCUCUGCCAUAAGUGGCCCAAGAUCCCUGUUCGCAGAGCAGAUAUUUAUAACUGGAGAUGGAAAGUCAACCAGGCAAAACGUCAAGGCUAUGGUCCCGCCAACGAUUUUGUUAGGACGCUUUCUGAGUCGAAGAAAGUCUGGAUAUGGGGGCUAGACUGGAUCGAAGAUGAGUUCCGUUUUCGCCACGCCGCUUGGGGAUACCACCAGGGCGGCAAAAUGUGGCAACAGUUCUCGUCGUGUCUCCAGAUCGAUGCUACGUACAGUACCAACUGCUAUAAAAUGCCAUUGGUUACUGUUGUAACUGUGUCCUCGGAGAAGACAUCGAUGCCUGUCUGUUAUGGUCUACUCAAUAACGAGCAAUAUGCUAGUUUUGAGUGGUUUCUAAAGCAGGUAUCUAGAUUCCUACGAGCAGGCAUCAUUAGAUCCCCAGAGGUCGUUAUCACAGACAUGGACGAUCAGCUGCGCAAUGCCAUACGACAAAUAUUUCCCAACACGCAACUUCAGCUAUGUGUUUUCCAUAUCAACAGCAAUGUGGUCUCAUACAUCAAGAAGUGGUGGAAGAAGGAUAAUGACUCUGAUCUGGACGAUGACGCAGAAAAUUGGGACAAUACCGAUGCUCUUGACGUCCAAGAGAUGGAACGUGAGAAUACCGAGGUGAAAAACAUGAGGGACGCGAAGCUUGGUUCUCUUCCCAAACGAGUCCUUAAUACUCGUGCCGGCCUGUAUCUCCUCUGGAGAUUCAUGGUCUAUAGCAGAUCGGAAGAAGACUUCAUUCAGGCUUGGAAGCAACUUCAAGAGAGCUUUCCGCAGCAGAAGCGAAUUCUCCGAUACCUCAAGGACACGUACUUGCCACUGAAGAAAGAGUGGGCCUGUUGCUUUACACGAUAUUAUCGCAACUUCGGACUAAUUACUACAUCACCCGCCGAAUCAAAUCAUCAUUCCCUGAAGACGUACCACCUGUCCCUUCGGUCCGACCUCCCGGACGUCGAAGCGGCGGCUGCUAGUCAGACGGCGGAUAAGCGUCAACUGUAUAAAGAUAAAAUACAACAGGCUAAUACCACUAUUCGGAACCAGUUCUCGGGGAAGAGAAUGGCUCGGCCAGCUCCCCCCCUAAACGUGACUCGUUGGGCGCUAGACCAGCUAAACGAGAUGCACCGAGUUAUGGAAUCGAGCCGGGUCUCUAAGAAGGCACUGCCGCAAUGUUCUGGAUCCACGAGGGCUCAAUACGGUCUACCCUGUGCUCACAGGCUCUUGGAGCUAGCUCGUCGAAAGGAACCACUCAAGAGGCAAGACCUAGAUCCAUUCUGGCAUCUCAAGCGAUCACGAGACAUUGAUGAUCCUCUCCUUCAAAUACAACGUCCUCUAAUGGGGAUACCUAAGGGUCGACCACGCAAUGGCGAACCAUUUGGCAACGAACGCGCAAUCCCAGAGAAGCAGCUAGCCCCUCAAGGCUCAACACGGAGUGGCGUCCAGCGCUCAGCGCGUCGAAAUUACUCUCAAUUCGAACUGGGGCAACGCUGGAGGAAGAAUAUGCAGCAGACGCACAAGACAAACCGCGACGUCGGCCGAAACGGAGUAAAGUUGUCGAGUCAGGAAGCACUCGAGUUACGCGCCGACAGGCGAAGACACAGGACGACAGCAGCAAACGAGCUGAACGGUGUAACUCUUCUGAAAUGA